CCUGGCGCCUCCCUUCCACUCUUGCCCAGGCGCGAACUCCAUUCUCCUCUCUUCCUUCCCUUCCCUCCCCUAUUGUUGCCAACUCUCUCUUAACCUACACAUCUAUUCCAUUUCCAUUUCCUCUUCACAUCCAUCGUCGAUCUUCUCUCCCACCACAACACACCAUCGCUUUUUCUCUCAUCCCCACUGCGUACCGUGGGUGAUCGUUCGUCUUCUUGUGCUUAGCCUGUUUUCGUUUUUCACCUCGCUUCUUAAUCUCCCUUAUUGGGCUCGUACACGACCUCCACCUCGUCUCUCGCUAUCGUCCGGGCCGAUCGAGUCUUGUAAAUCCACCAACGCCCACUUUCCAUCCGACUUUAAAAGAACACUGUCCCCUCAAUUCUACCCGGGGCACAUAUAUCACACACAUCAUGGCCACAUUAGCGGAACAUCCGGUUGUCGCCCCGUCGACGUACGAUCAGGAUAUCGAUACUUUCCUCAACCUCGAUCAGCUCACCUAUACCACAUCAGAGCCAGCCAGGCCCAAGGCGGCCCUGGCUCAACCAUCCAUCCCUCCUACAGAGUUCAACGCUGGUGAUCUUAGAAGCGCCAAUUUCGCCGCAACGGGCCAAUCGCCGAUCGCUUUCCAAGGCCCGAGCCACCAGUAUGACGAGCAUAAGCAGCAGACAGGUCUUCCUCCAGGUGCUCUGGCUCAAGCAAUGACUUUUAACCAAAUGAAUGGAAUGGGGUAUGGUGGUGCCAGCCCUGGUUAUAUGAUGAACGCCGACAUGUUUACUGGUACUCAUCUGAAGCGUGAGGACGCUUCUCUCGACUUCAACACAAUCCCGAGCCGUAACCCCUCAGAGAUGGACCUGGAGUCCGAUAACAUGGGUGCGGUCCCCGGUUAUUUCUUCUCGCCAAAUCCCAACAAGAGCCAAUUCGUCGACCCCAGUGCCAUCGGUGGCCAGGAGGUGGUCCCCGCUGGUCCAUCUACGCAGGUCGGUCGCAUGUACCCCGGAAUGCAUCAGCAGCAGGCUGCGAUGGCCAAGGCGGCUCAACAACAAAAGCAUCAUGAAAUGAUGCGCCAGCAACAGCAAUUGCAGCAACAGCGACGCAUGGAAGAGCAGAUGCAGCACAAUGGAAACCCUCAGGUCCAGCCCCCUCGCAACACGAACCCGAUCGUGGAGGAGCGAAUCACUCGUCUUUUGCAGCAAAUGAGACAAUCCAGCACCUCGAGCUCGCCGUCCGAUUCUCCCAGCCCCUCUGGCUUACCUCAGAUGGCCAAGGCCAAGAAGGAUGAACAAGAUAUGGACGAAGAUGAAAGAUUGCUUGCUAGUGAAGAAGGCAAGAAACUUAGCAGCAAGGAACGCCGUCAGCUUCGUAACAAGGUCUCCGCUCGUGCUUUCCGGUCCCGCAGAAAGGAAUACAUCGGUCAACUUGAGAGCGAGGUUGCUGCGAGAACCAAUGAAGCUCAUGAGUUGCGUCUCCAGAACCGUGCCCUGUAUGAGGAGAAUGCUCGCCUCACCGAUCUUGCACGCAUGCUUCUAUCCUCCCCCAAUUUUUCCCAGUUUCUAGAUGAGAUGCCCAUGAACGGGGUCCCUACCUCGGCUCAACCGCAGCCACCUCAGCAACAACAGCCGCAGCAACUGCAAUCUCAGCCCCAACCCCAGCAGCAGCAGCCAACUAUGCAGGCCAAUGUACCCAAGGAUACAAACCACGGACAUGGACCCCAGGAAUUCGCUAUGCAACAGAAUGCUCAAGUUGGUAUGGUUGUUGUCCCUAAUCAAGGACUCGACGUAGCUGCUAUGGGCAUGAACAACGCUGGCUGGAACUCCGGCAUUGAUAUGAACUACAACCCAUCAGUGUUUGCUGUUUUGGAAGUCCCCGAGCCCUCUAUCAUCGAUACCAAAAUUUUGUCCGGAAAGUCUUCCAGUGCUGGAACCUACCUUCCUGAGAUUACAGACACCAAGAACGAAAUACCCGUUCUCGAGCGCAUGCCCAUGUCUGAGGAGCCGAAGGAGGCCAGCUUUGGCGUUGAAAACCCAGAUGUUGAGUUUGACGAAUCGGACCCAGCCUUUGCUCUCUUCGCCGACUCUCCCGCUACCUCUCAACAAGAGUCGCUUAACAACUCCUUCAACGGUGUUGAAUUAGAGAAAUCUGCGCAUGCAUUUGAAUUGGUGGUUGAGACUGAGUCACAAGAUGCAGAGGCCCGUUUCUCUUACCUCUGUCACAGCAUGGAUGCAGCUUUCCAGCGUGUUUCCAUGGUCACCUCUCAUCUCUCAUGAUUCCCCAUGUCGCACCUAAGCAACUUCAGAAUAACUUAAGAAUUUGUAAAGUUUGAUCUUGUCAUGUUCUUCCUUUUAGGCGGUUCAGCUUCCUGAACCUGCGUCCUUGUAGACACACAAAUACCUUUUCCUUUGUUCAUGAUCCUGUGACUAUAUAUAUUGUCUUGACUUACAACUCCACUAGUUUCACUCUAUCCUCUUUCUUUUCUAUUUUGGAUUUUCUUUUUUUUUUUUUUU